AUGGUGAAUUCCCGUGGCAAAUUAGAAGUGGUAGCGGUGAACGUCUCUGUCGUCAUGGGAACCAAGACCUUCAGCGACAUCAACUUGGAGAGGAAACAGGUGCAGAAGAUCAUUGCUCACAAAGAUUACAAGCCGCCCCACCUUGACAGCGACCUCUGCCUGCUCCUGCUCGCCACGCCAGUCCAAUUCAAUAAGGUCAAAAUGCCCAUCUGCCUGCCGCAGCAGGAGAGCUCCUGGGACCGGUGCUGGAUGGCAGAGUGGGCGUCUGCUCAUGGCCACGGCUUAACCAGAGGCUUAAACAUGCACCUGACGAAGCUGAGGGUGGUUCGGAUUGGCUGGAGAGCAUGUGCCAAGAGGGUGACUCAGCUCUCCAGGAACAUGCUUUGUGCCUGGCAGGAAGGAGGCACCAACGGCAAGUGCCAGGGAGACAGUGGAGCACCCAUGGUCUGUGCUAACUGGGAGACUCGGAGGCUCUUUCAAGUGGGUGUCUUCAGCUGGAGCGUAACCUCGGGCUCCAGGGGGAGGCCCGGUAUGUUUGUGUCUGUGGCUCAGUUUAUCCCAUGGAUCCUAGAGGAGACGCAAAGGGAAGGAAGAGCCCUCAACCUCUCCAAAGCCUCGCGAAGCCCCUUGACUUGCGUUUCACCAUACCCCAUAUGGCUAAGUGUGGGGUCUCAAAUACUGCUUGCUGCCAUGUUUGCGGGGGAUAAAUCAAAUUGCUAA